CGCAGUAGCGGCUUGGGCGCCGCCAUGCUGAAGCACCGGAGUACGGCGCUGGAGCGCGUCGAGAAGUUCGUGUCCGCCACCUACUUCACCGACUGCAACCUGCGGGGCAGGCUCUAUGGGGACAGCUGCACUCCCACCUCGCUCUCCUGCUUCCAGACCCCACGGCGGAUCCCCUACAGCGAGGCCGUCGUGCAGGAGUUCAGGCCGGCCAGAGUGGGGGAUGCCUUUGGGCCCACGUGGGAGACCUGCUGGUUUAGGGUGGAGCUGAGCAUCCCCCCAGCAUGGGCAGGGCAGGAGGUGCACUUUGUCUGGGAGAGCGAUGGUGAAGGCAUGGUGUGGCGAGAUGCCCAGCCGGUCCAGGGUUUGACUAAGGAAGGCGAGAAGACCAGCUAUGUACUGACAAGCAGCCUGAAGGAGACAGAGCCCCACAGUCUGACGCUGUAUGUGGAGCUGGCCUGCAAUGGGCUCUUUGGGGCUGGCAAGGGCUCCAUGAUAGCCCCUCCGGACCCUGACAGAAAGUUCACCUUGAGCAAGGCUGAGUUGGUGGUCUUCAACAGAGAUGUCUACGAGCUGCUGGUGGAUCUGGAAAUACUUCUGGACAUGGCCCAGCUCCUCGGGGAGGAAAACCAGAGGAGCUUCCAGGCCCUGUAUGCUGCCAACCAGAUUGUCAACGUGUGUGAUGUGAAGGACCCAUCCACCUUCCCUGCUGCCCGUGAGCUGGCUGCAGCGAUCUUCAGCCAGAGGAACGGCGAGAGCCAGCACACCAUCCACGCCAUGGGGCACUGCCACAUUGACUCUGCCUGGCUGUGGCCAUAUGAGGAGACUAUCCGGAAAUGUGCUCGCAGCUGGGUCACGGUUAUCCGUCUGAUGGAGCACAACCCAGAGCUCACCUUUGCCUGCUCCCAGGCACAGCAAUUCGAAUGGGUGCGGAGCUGGUACCCUGGACUCUAUGCCCAGAUUCAGGACUACGUGGCAAAGGGGCAGUUCAUCCCUGUUGGAGGCACCUGGGUGGAAAUGGAUGGAAACCUGCCCAGUGGAGAGUCCAUGGUGCGGCAGUUCCUUCAGGGCCAGCGGUUCUUCCAGCAGCAGUUUGGCCAGAUCUGCUCAGAGUUCUGGCUGCCAGACACGUUUGGGUACUCAGCCCAGCUGCCCCAGCUGAUGUGUGGCUGUGGGAUCAAACGGUUCCUCACACAGAAGCUCAGCUGGAACCUGGUCAACACCUUCCCACAUCACACCUUUUUUUGGGAAGGCAUUGAUGGAUCCCGAGUCCUGACCCAUUUCCCCCCUGGUGACUCCUAUGGGAUGCAUGGGCGAGUGGAGGAGAUGCUGAAAACAGUGAAGAACAACAGGGACAAAGGACGUGUGAACCACAGCGCUGUCCUUUUUGGCUUUGGAGAUGGAGGAGGUGGCCCCACGCAAAACAUGCUGGACAGGAUGAAGAGGAUGAGUGAUACAGAUGGGCUGCCAAGGAUUCAGAUCUCCACUCCUGACCGUUUUUUUUCUGUCCUGGAGAAAGAGGCAUCACAGCUGUGCACCUGGGUGGGAGAACUCUUCCUGGAGCUGCACAACGGCACAUACACCACCCAGGCCCAGAUAAAGAAGGGGAAUCGGGAGUGUGAGCGAAUACUGCAUGAUGUGGAGGUGCUGAGCACCUUGGCUAUGGCACAGAGUGGCACGUUCCAGUAUCCUGCUAGCCAGCUGCAGCAGCUCUGGAGGUUAUUGCUGCUCAACCAGUUUCAUGACGUGUUACCAGGCAGCUGUAUCCAGCUCGUGGUCAGGGAUGCCCUAAAAUACUAUGCAGAGAUCCGCAGGGCUGGCAGUCGCCUGCAGGAGGAGGCCGUGCAGUCCUUAUGUGGAGAACUGCUGCAGCUCAGGUCUGGGGGUGCUGAGAGCACUCUUGUGCUGAACACUUUGCCCUGGGAGCGGACAGAGGUGAUCUCCAGGACUGAGCCAGCUGGAACAGAGGCUUUAGCCCUGGUGACAGCUCCCAGCAUGGGCUAUGCUGUAGUGAGGGAAUCGCUGCUGCCCCCUCAGCCUGUGGCAGUGAUCAAGCAGGAGGAUGGCUCCAUUACCAUGAAGAAUGGGCUGAUUGCAGUCUGCCUGGAUGCCAUGGGGCGCCUGACCUCUCUUCGGCUGGUGCACUCUGAGAGAGAGUCAGUCGCCGAUGGCUGCCGUGCCAACCAGUUUGCACUCUUUGAUGAUGUUCCCCUGUACUGGGACGCCUGGGACGUGAUGGAUUAUCACUUGGAGACCAGGAAGCCAGUGACAACGCUGCUGAAGCCUCUGGAAAUCACCCUGGCAGGGGGCCUGCGGGGAAGCGCCAGCUUCUCUCUGCGGGUCGGGGAAAGCAGCACCCUAACCCAGGAGAUCAUCCUGGAUGCCAUGUGCCCAUACAUCUGCUUCAAGACCCAGGUUGACUGGAAGGAAUCUCACAAGUUCCUGAAGGUGGAGUUCCCUGUGCAGGUCCGUAGCACAAAUGCUACCUACGAAAUCCAAUUUGGGCACCUGCAACGGCCAACCCACUGGAACACAUCCUGGGACUGGGCCCGAUUUGAGGUGUGGGCUCAUAAGUGGAUGGAUCUCUCUGAGCACGGCUUCGGGGUGGCAGUGCUGAAUGACUGUAAAUAUGGGGCAUCAGCACACAGGAACGUCCUCAGCCUCUCAUUGCUGAGAGCACCAAAGUCCCCUGAUGCCACUGCAGAUAUUGCCCACCACCAGUUCACCUACGCUGUGAUGCCUCAUCAAGGCUCCUUCCAGGAUGCUGGUGUGAUCCAGUGUGCCUACAACUUGAAUUUCCCCCUCCACACAGUCCCAGCCAGCUGUGCGCCGUGUCCAGCCUGGAGUGCCUUUUCCCUGAGCUCACCUGCAGUUGUUUUGGAGACUGUCAAGCAGGCUGAGGACAGACCUGAAGCUGUGGUGGUCCGGCUGUACGAGGCACACGGCAGCACAGUUGUCACUUGGCUCCAGACCUCCCUCCCCAUUAAAGAGGCAAUGCUAUGUGACCUUCUGGAGAGGCCAACAGCCAAGGGCCACCUGCCACUGGAGCAGCAGGGUAUGAAGCUUUCCUUCACACCAUUCCAAGUGCUCUCCAUCCUCUUGGUUUUGAAGCAGUGAUGCUGGUGCUACAAUAACCUGGACUGACACUGGGAGCUCAAAUCACAGCCCGAGUCUCCCCCAGGGCACAUCCAGGUAACCUGGAAGUGCAGUGUCAUCUCUUGGAACUGAGCCUGGCCACCAGUGCCCUCUUGCUGGGCCAGAGAGGAAGAAGGACCAAGCAUUUCUGCUGACCAGAUUCCAGUGAGAAUAUUUCCCAAGAAGUGUGCAAUAUUGAGCAGCUCCAGGGAAGAGCAAAAUCUACCCUAGACCCCCAACCAGCCAUCAGAGAGCAGUGUGCAGUCAGCCCCCUCUUCCCUUCCUUCUCCUGUCUCCUGCACUGCUCUGACAGAAGGGGGCACAAAUAAGACAAAAUUACAUGAGAACACUCUGUUGUA